AUGAGUUCAUUGGUACUUGGAGGACUCAAGAUGAUUGAUCAGUUCAUCAACUUUGUUAUUCGCCCUCCCAGGGCUGAGUAUGAUCCUGAUCAGUAUUUAUGGGAGAAAGACUUUAGCAUUGGUGGCACAAAGUGUAAAAGACAAGACUUGGAGGCAAGUAUGAUGGGCAAAACCAGUUACUGUCCUCUUCAAUUACUGCUUACAAAUUCAAGGGGUCACACCUUGCGUUGUAGUCACUACAUUCCUUCAUCUUCUUUGGAGAAUACUACUCCUCUUCCUUGUGUUAUUUACUGCCAUGGUAAUAGUGGAUGUAGGGCAGAUGCAAAUGAGGCAGCUAUGGUUCUUCUUCCAUCUAACAUUACUGUUUUCACCCUUGACUUCUCCGGUUCUGGCUUAUCUGAUGGUGAUUAUGUUAGCCUUGGCUGGCAUGAGAAAGAUGAUCUCAAGACUGUGGUAUCUUACCUGAGAAACAGCAAUCAGGUGUCUCGUAUUGGACUUUGGGGACGAUCUAUGGGCGCAGUUACCAGCCUUCUUUAUGGAGCAGAAGAUCCUUCAAUUGCUGGAAUGGUCUUAGACAGUGCAUUCUCAAACUUAUUUGAUCUCAUGAUGGAACUAGUGGAUGUUUACAAGAUCCGACUUCCGAAAUUCACAGUUAAAGUGGCUGUGCAGUACAUGAGGCGAGUAAUUCAGAAAAAGGCAAAGUUUAAUAUCAUGGAUCUCAAUUGUCUUAAGGUUUCACCAAAGACAUUUAUUCCAGCUUUAUUUGGGCAUGCAAGCGGAGACAAAUUCAUCCAACCUCAUCACUCUGACCACAUUCUCAAGUGCUAUGCGGGAGACAAAAACAUCAUCAAGUUUGAUGGUGAUCACAACUCUUCACGGCCGCAAUUUUAUUAUGAUUCAGUGUUAAUAUUCUUCUACAAUGUUCUACGCCCGCCUCAAGUUUCUUCAGCUUGCUCAUCUAAACUUGAAAAUUAUAGCGCUGCUGGUUUGGACGAGAAUUUUUUGUAUGAGAUCAUCUCUGGUCUUCGUUCGGCAUGUCUCGAUGUUGCAAGUUCUUCUUCUGCGCCUCCUGCCUCUCUAACCACAAAGCCAACAAAUGAGCUCAUUUCAGAAGCCAUGCCCAUUAUGGAUACUGAUGACGUGCUUGUAGAAGACAAUGGCCACAACAUCGACGAACCUGAGGGGAUGCCUAUUGAUCAGUUCGAAGAUGGAUGUUCAUUUACAAGCUCUAACAGGGAAAGCUGGGGCAGAUGCUCUUCACUAGGAGGCUCUGAAGAAGAUGAGAGCUUGACCGUUGGCGAGGGUGAUCAGAUCGAGAAAAAUGUUGUUGGAAACGCAGAACAGAAGCCAAUAGACUCUACUGGACAAGAAGAAGAAGAAGAGAAGAAGGAGAAGAAAAUGAAGAAAGGAAGUGAAACAGACGCAAAGAAGCCUAAACGAGAAAGAUUGGAGGCUUUCAGCAAAAGACUUCGGCUUUGCAUCAUAAAACGAGUAAACCAUGGAAGACAUCGUUCUUCACAACCUUAA